AUGUUUAAGGAAACAAGUUUUGAAGAGGGGAACAUCGAUGAACCGCAUGCAGCCCCUGUGAGUAACACCGCGCCUUCGGUGUUACCCCAUGUGGCAGGGCCUUGCCUGUACACACUGCGUUAUCACAAGCCGGGCGAGGAUGGAUUUUGCUCGGUUGCGAACGGUGAGGGCGUGGGGGAGGGAGAAGGCAUCCCCUGGGUUGAUUCCAGGACCAUUAACGGCGAUUCUUGGGUAAGCAAUGUGUGCCACUGUACGAGGUGCGAGUGCAUGCGCGUCAUGGUCGCGUUGAGUCGGCUCGAGGCGCCGGCGGGGCGACCGCCGGUGUUGGUGCUGCUUGACUUGGACAACUUUGGGUUUAACCAGUUCAAGUCUACCCCACCCGUGUUGAAGCGAAGUCAUCGAGGGCGCCUGGGAUGCACAUCAUCGAUGCGCAGACCGCGGACUGACGCUGCGUGCGGCGAACGUGAAGGUGGCAGCAGCGAUGAUGGAGAGGACUGUUACUCCUCCGAGGUGGACAUGUUCGAGAAUAUGUUUGUGUGGGCAUUCUUUGGUUCAUGCUUUGCGCGUUACCAUGGGACGUGGCCAAGUGAAGAGGUGGUCACUCAACCCCCUGAACCGCGACAGGGGCGUGUGCGGUGUGCGAGGCUAAGGCAGCCAUCCGCCCUUGCGGUAACAUCGACCGCUAUGUCAACGGUGACACUUGACCCAUUGUUGGGUUCCGUGUCGCGUCCUACGGUUUGGCAGCGGUUGGUUGCGGCAGGUCGGGUUCACUUCACUGCGUGUGGUGGCCAGGGCCAAGGAGCAGAUGGUGUCAUCGUGAGCGUGAUCAACACAUUUAUUCAGCGUGAUAUUGUUCUAAUCACGUGUGAUGCACAGCUAAUCAGACGCAUCAUUCGUCCGCGCCAGGAUGGUGAUGGACACAUCUCGACAGGGCGUCUGCAUGCGAUCAACGUUGGGGACGUUGGAAAGCGCCUUGUCCCUGUGUGGAGGGCGUUGUCGGAUCGAAUUCGCCAACUUGUGGUGCAUGAGAAGGGGAAAAAUAGAGCGCGGCGGGUAUGA